UCCCUCACCAAUUGAACUAGUCCAGUCCACCCUCAUAUCUUUUCUCAUCACCAAAACUCCGAUCACCGGAAUAUUCCAUGAACCUCCAGACACUAAUCCCCUUGGUAGUAAUACCCACCGGAAUAUUCCUCCUCCUCCUCUACCUCACCAUACGCUUCUACAACCAUAACAAAAAACAACAACAACAACCAUCAUCUUUACAAACCGGAAUUUCAAAACUCCACCAACAAGAAAACAUUGUCAACAACAAACGUCUAACGAAUUACUACGUUCUCCGAACAGGAGUUUCGUCGUCGAAACCUCUGUUUAACUGGUCGGACAACCCGUCCCUUGUGACGGACGCAGUGGAGAAUGGUUGGUCGCGAUUCGCGUUUACAAAUUUUGUAUCGUUGCCUUCGGUUCAAUCGAGUAAAUCGGUUUUUGGUCAUUGUGGUGUUGUUGCUGGUGAUGGGAAGGAUGUGGAGAUGAUGGAAAUUGGUUGGGAGGUUUGUCAAGGGUCCGCGGAUUUUAUGCAGAAGAUUCGGAUUAAUUCGGGUUUAAGGAAAGUUGUCACGACGACGGGUUCGUUGAUGGCGGCGGUUUCGGUUGUUAAAUCGGCGUUGCCGUUGCCUGGGCCGGCGUUAGGGAAUUCUUCGCCGUUUCCACAGGAAGCCUACUUUGAAAUUACGAUUUUGUCCACAUACGAGGAUGAAGCUGAAACACAAACAAAUGGAAAGAGGAUGGCAAAUAAGGGAGAAUGGGAGAAGAUUAAGUUAAAUAAGGAGAGCAAUAAUAGUAAUGGUGUAAGUACAAGGGGUGUUCUUGCCAAAGUUGAAGAGUUGAAGGGCCGGAAUGGUGGUAAGGAUAUAGCUGAGGGGAAAAAGGAAAUGGUCAUCGUGUUGUCGGUGGGGCUCGCCGGAGGUGGUUCGCUUCCGUUGAAGCUACCGGGAAGUUAUCCGGGAUCAAUCGGCUUCAACUCUGAUGGCUCUAUUUAUCUAGAAGGACCGACGAACCAAGCAAACCCUGGCCCGGGGGUGCCGUGAGGACGGCCUCUACGUUCUUCGCCAAACUCAUGAAGCUUUGAUUUCUACAUCCUUAUGUCCAAAAGCUUCUUUUGAGUUAUGGCAUUCAAGACUUGGUUAUGUUAAUUUUGAUAUUGUUUCUAUGUUAAAAAACAAUGGUUACUUGUCUUUUACUUCAGUUUUACCUAAGCCGGGUCUUUGUUCUUCGUGUGAACUUGCAAAGGCUAAAAGACAACCUUUUGUUUCUAAUGAUAAACGGGCCACUUCGCCUCUUGAAAUAAUACACUGUGACCUAUGGGGUCCUUCACCAAUAAAAUCAGUUGAUAAUUUUGUGUAUUAUGUGGCCUUUGUUGAUGAUUAUUCACGUUUUGCUUGGUUAUAUCCGUUGCGUACUAAAUCUGAAUUUUUUGAUGCUUUAUCGAUAUUUGUGCCCUUUGUUCAAACCCAAUUUUCUACCAAAAUCAAAGUUUUUCAAAGUGACGGUGGAACGGAAUUCACGAACAACCGGGUUCGAAAAUUGUUUGAACAAAAUGGCACUUUUCAUCGUAUAUCUUGCCCAUAUACCCCACAACAAAAUGGUCGGGUCGAAAGGAAACAUCGUCACGUUGUAGAAACUGGCUUGGCUAUGUUAUUUCACGCCAAUUUAUCCACUAAAUAUUGGGUUGAUGCUUUCUCCUCGGCGGUUUUCAUCAUAAAUCGCUUACCAUCAUCUCUUUUACAAGGUAAAUCCCCGUUUGAACUCCUAUAUCAUCAAAUUCCAAAUUAUGGCUUUUUUCGGCCAUUCGGUUGUCGUGUAUAUCCUUAUCUUCGUGAUUAUGCCUCGCAUAAGUUAUCACCUUGAAGCAUUCCAUGUGUAUUUCUUGGCUAUUGCUCUAAAUAUAAAGGUUAUCGGUGUCUUGAUCCAUAUACGUCUCGUACUUAUGUCACUCGGAAUGCUCGGUUUGACGAACAAUAUUUUCCUUUUGCUAAUACCACCAUUGUUCCCACUCCUAUUGAUUUUCUUGAGGUUUCACAGUUUUUAGAUGUUUCCCCUAUUAUUUCUACCUCAAACAACUCAAACAAACCUACUGAUACUACAUCUCAAAUCCCAACCAAACCCAUUGUCCCUACUCCACCAAUUUCCAUUCCUUUCCCUCCAGCCCAACCCUCCCUUAAUCUCGGCCCAACUCCUCUUACCACUCACACCGAUCAGCCACAACACCCACAUGUGCCACCGCCUUGUACUAGCCCAACUGGCUCAAACAGUCCCUCAGUUCACUCCACAGACCCAGCUCCACCUCCACCACCGCCUCACACUGGCCCAACUGGCCCAAACAGCCCCUCGGCCCACUCCACUGAUCCAACUUCUCCUCUCGUCUCUCCUCUUGACAGCCCAACCGAAGAAAUUAAUGUUCACUCUUCCAGCCCACUGAGUUCUUCUGCUGGCCCAACUAACCAAUCUGUCCAUCCUGCAGGCCCAAAUAUUACAUCCGCUCCUAUCCCUCUCCCAUCUCACCCGAUGAUAACCCGGGCUAAGUCCGGAAUUUUUAAAAUCCGUCAUCAGGUUGAUUUAGCUCAUACAAAUACCAUUCCACUUCACCAUGCCCUAUUUACUUCAACUGAUCCAACCACUUUUAAUAAGGCAUCCAAAGAUGAAAGAUGGGUUCAUGCCAUGAGGGAAGAAUUGGAUGCUCUAAAUAAAAAUAAUACCUGGACUCUUGUCCCUCGCCCAACAAACACCAAUAUUGUUGGUUCCAAAUGGGUUUUUCGCACUAAAUUUAGAUCUGACGGUUCUGUUGAAAGUCACAAAGCCCGUCUCGUAGCUCAAGGAUUUAGUCAAAUUCCGGGCCUUGAUUACUCCCAUACCUUUAGCCCUGUUGUUAAAGCCACCACUGUGCGUACGGUUCUGGCUUUAAGUGUCAUAAACAAUUGGCAUCUUCAUUAAUUGGAUGUUAAUAAUGCCUUUUUACAUGGUCAUUUGACCGAAAAUGUUUUUAUGGAACAACCAAAGGGAUUCAUUGAUCCUCAGUUUCCCUCUCAUGUUUGCAAGUUAAACAAAGCCAUUUAUGGCUUGAAACAGGCUCCCAGGGCAUGGUUUCACCGUCUUAGUCUAUUUCUUCUCAAUAAUGGUUUCUCAUGUAGUCGAGCUGACCCGUCCUUAUUCAUCUAUACACGUGACUCAGUCAUGAUGUAUAUUCUUGUGUAUGUUGAUGAUCUCAUUCUCACUGGUAAUCAUCAACCUACUUUACAAUCCUUCGUUUCCUGCCUCAACAAAGAAUUUGCUAUCAAAGAUCUUGGGAAACUCAAUUACUUUUUGGGAUUGGAGGUUACCUACACUUCAAAUGGUCUCUUUCUAAAUCAAUCUAAAUACACAAUGGAUAUUCUCACACGUGCAAAGAU